AUGGCCCUGAGAUUACUACUUGAGGACCGCCAUGGGGAUAACAAUGGGGGCGGCGUGCUGAAGAAAGAGGAGAUCUACCCGAGCUAUGAUUUUCAACCGAUCAGAGCCGUUGGAUCUUCAUCAUCGGCCGUUAAUAACACCAGCAGCACGAAUCUUGAUGGCGGCGCGAGGCAUUCUUGGGGGUCGGCUGAUUCUAAGAUCGCUUCUGCGAAUCUCAGAUGCUCAAAUAUUUUGGAAUCUCAUGAAAUGCCAAAGGUGAGCCAUGAGAAAGAGAAAGAUGCAUAUGAUGUGGCUACAGUGACUGAAGUGGACAGAACCAUGAAGAAAUAUGCUGAUAAUCUGCUGCAUACUUUGGAAGGCGUGAGUUCAAGGUUGUCUCAGUUAGAGAGUAGAACACGACACCUGGAAAAAUCUGUCGAUGACUUAAAAGAUACUAUCAGCAAUAGCAGUAGCAGCACAGAUGGAAAGCUGAGGCAACUAGAGAAUAUUCUAAGAGAGGUUCAAACAGGUGUUCAAAUGCUUCGGGAUAAACAAGAGAUUGCUGAAGCGCAACUCCAGCUCACAAAACUACAGCAAUCUUCUACCAAGUCCGACCACUACCAGCCAUCAACUGAACCAUCAACCGUAAGUGCCGGACAAUCAGACUCUCGAACUCAGCAGCCAAAUGCUCCCCCACCGCCACCACAACCACCAGCACAGCAGAACCCACCUCCUCAAUUCCCUGCUCAAUCAUCUCAACCCCAACUUACCUCCAUCCCAUCUUUACCCCGAGAACAGUCUUACUACCCUUCACAAGGAUCCCAGCACAUGCAGCCACAGCCUCAAUCACAACCACCUAUGCAACCACCACACUACCAAUUACCGCAGUACUCACAACAAACACCCCAAAAUCUGAACCCAUCUUCUCAACUUCAAUCUCCACCAAUGCCUCAUCAUCAGGAAGAGUCAGCACCAUACAUGCUACCACCACCGCCACCACCACAAUCUCAGUCCUACAUUCCAAAUAUUCGCCAACCCGCUCCUUUGUCUCAGCCACCUCCAGCCGGCGGGCCUCCUCAAUAUUACGGUUCUGGUCAAUUACCAUUUCCUUCGAGCUACACUGCACCUUCAGGGCCUACCUUCGCUGAUUCUUACCCAUACAGUGGAUCUCCAUCCCAUUACAGCUCCACGAUGAAACCAUCACCUUACUCAAACUCUCCACCUGCAUCAAGAGGAGGAGGAAGCGGCAACUAUUCUCGUCUUCCUACUGCAAAGAUUUUGCCCCAAGCAGUGCCCACAGGGCAAAGUUCUGGUGGUGGCAAUGGUAACAGGGUUCCUGUUGAUGAUGUGGUGGAUAAGGUAGCAACUAUGGGGUUCUCGAGAGAACAGGUGAGAGCAACGGUGAGGAAGCUUACAGAGAACGGGCAGUCUGUUGACCUAAACGUGGUGCUUGAUAAGCUCAUGAAUGGCGGGGGAGGGGAUACGAUCCAGCCUCAAAAGGGUUGGUUUGGUCGGUGAUUGAUGAUCGAUGAUUUGACAGAAACAUUUGUUUGAGAUUUGUGUAUAUGUGUGUUCACAGAUCUUUGUUCUCUAUUUUUUAAAUGACGUUUGAUUUCUAUCGCUUCACGACCGGUUAAAGGGAUUUUACCUGAUCAAUCCUUGAUCUUUCUUUGCAAA